AUGACCCCUGCUGCUCCGUGGCUGUCGCAACCGCCCACACACUCUGCCCUAACUAAGCGAAAAUUUGCAGCUCCACACAACACUGGGAGACUUGCGACCUCACCUACAGGACUCUGCAUCGUCAACCAGCACAACCGCACAACAGGCAAGAUGGGUAGACUUCACAGCAAGGGAAAGGGCAUCUCUGCCUCCGCAAUCCCCUACUCUCGCGCCGCACCUGCGUGGUUGAAGACCACACCCGAGCAGGUCGUUGAGCAGAUCUGCAAGCUUGCCAGAAAGGGUGCUACCCCUUCGCAGAUUGGUGUCAUACUUCGCGACUCCCACGGUGUUGCCCAAGUCAAGAUCGUCACCGGUAACCGAAUCCUGCGAAUCCUCAAGUCGAACGGCCUUGCCCCCGAGCUUCCUGAGGACCUGUACAUGUUGAUCAAGAAGGCUGUUGCUGUACGCAAGCAUCUUGAGCGCAACCGCAAGGACAAGGACUCCAAGUUCCGUCUCAUUCUCAUCGAGUCCAGAAUCCACCGUCUGGCUCGCUACUACAAGACCGUCGGCGUUCUGCCUCCUACCUGGAAGUACGAGUCUGCUACUGCCUCCACCAUUGUCGCAUAG